CCUCUGACUACUGUUCUUUGUCUUUUCUUCUUCUGGCCCCUCUCUCGUCCAGCGGUGGUCUUUGGCCUGCCCUGCACCCUGGCCACCGAGGCCUGUUUGCAGGCCUGCCCUGCGGCCUGCACGUGCAGCAGCGUGGAGCGGGGCUGCUCGGUGCAUUGCGACCGUGCGGGCCUCCUGCGGGUGCCCACCGAGUUUCCGUGCGAGGCGGCCUCCAUCGACCUGGACCGCAACGGCCUGCGCAUCCUGGGCGAGCGGGCCUUCGGCACGCUGCCGUCACUGCGCCGGCUGUCGCUGCGCCACAACAACCUGUCCUUCAUCACGCCCGGCGCCUUCAAGGGUCUGCCGCGCCUGGCCGAGCUGCGCCUGGCGCACAACGGCGAGCUGCGCUAUCUGCACGCGCGAACCUUCGCGGCGCUCGGGCGUCUGCGCCGCCUGGACCUGGCGGCCUGCCGCCUCUUCAGCGUGCCCGAGCGGCUCCUGGCCGAGCUGCCGGCCCUGCGCGAGCUCACGGCCUUCGACAAUCUGUUCCGCCGCGUGCCCGCGGCGCUGCGCGGCCUGGCUAACCUGACGCACGCACACUUGGAGCGCAGCCGCAUCGAGGCCGUGGCCUCCAGCUCGUUGCGGGGCCUGCGGCGCCUGCGCUCGCUCAGCCUGCAGGCCAACCGCGUGCGCGCAGUGCAUGCCGGGGCCUUUGGCGACUGCGGCGCCCUAGAGCAUCUGCUGCUCAAUGACAACCUGCUGGCCGCGCUGCCUGCAGCUGCCUUCCGGGGCCUGCGCCGCCUGCGCACGCUCAAUCUGGGUGGCAACGAGCUGGGCCACGUGCUGCGUGCCUGGUUCUCCGACCUGGAAGAGCUCGAGCUGCUUUACCUGGACCGCAACAGCAUCACUUUUGUGGAGGAAGGCGCCUUCCAGAACCUCUCGGGCCUCCUGGCCCUGCAUCUCAAUGGCAACCGUCUCACCAUGCUCUCUUGGGCCGCUUUUCAGCCCGGCUUCUUCCUGGGCCGCCUCUACCUCUUCCGCAACCCUUGGCACUGUGACUGCCAUCUGGAGUGGCUGCGCGAUUGGAUGGAGGGCUCUGGGCGUGUGGCUGAUGUGGCCUGUGCCUCCCCAGGUUCCGUGGCCGGUCUGGACCUCAGCCGGGUGGUCUUUGAGCGCUCCUCUGACGGCUUGUGUGUGGACCCUGAGGAGCUGAACUUCACCACAUCCAGGCCAGGCCCCAGUCCAGAGCCAGUGGCCACCACAGUGAGCAGGUUUAGCAGCCUCCUCUCUAAGCUGCUGGCCCCAAGGGCCCCUGUGGAGGAAAUAGCCAACAGCACCUGGGAACUGGUCAACAUCUCGCUGUUCGACAGCCUUCCCUCUCAUGGAGUGGUGUUCUUGGGCUGCAAGGUCACGUUUCUCUUCGCCUCUUGCCUCUUGCUCACCCUGGCACAGUAUGUAGUGUUCAGCCUGCAGAGGGACUGACUUUCCACACUGAAGUGACCCAGACCACGUCAGCCAAAAGAGGAAGAUUUGUUUGACUGUGAUGAGGAGUGUCUGGAGUGAGAGGAGAGGGAAUACCACUGGGGUGGGUGCUGAAAGUUCUUGCUGAGGGUGGAAGAAACAGGUUGUCUCCAAAGACAGCCCUAGGCAGAAGAGCACUCAUGGAAACGCAACUGACGUGGGUAUGAAUUUCUGUUCUUCUCACGUGGGCAUCCAUUGAAGGGGAGAAUAUGAUUCAUGGCUUUUAUGCCAUAAUUGGUCCCUUAGUAUAAAACAAGAAAUCUAUUCAAAUAUAGGUUACUUUUCAAGGGCAUGCAGAAAAUGCAAAAAUAAUUAAAUUUAGUGGAAAGGAAAUGUUAAAACUGCCUGGCAGUGAUAGUAACAUGAUGGUCAGGUGCUCCCCAGGGGUCUUGUUUUUCUGUUUUUAGGAGAGCUACUCGUUCAUGGUGUGGCUCUUUUUUUACUCACUUGCCAUGCCUGGCACUCCAACGGUCCUCUUAUUCACACUCUUAUGUCCUUUCACUAUGGACUUCUAGAGAAAGUGAUGAGAGAUUUUCCUUUAAUAGGAUUAAAAACUCUUUUAAGAACUUCAGGUUCAGAUAUACAGUCUUUGUAAUGGUACCUAUUGCUUCGAAAUGAGGUCAAGCUGAAAGAACCUUUCACAUUUACUUUUUUUAGAUAUUUUUUAUUUUUAAGUUUAAAUUUAGAUUAGAAACAAGGUUGCUUCACACGUCAA